CAUGACCUCUUCACCCCACUACACCACUUGGAGAGAGUACACUUGCACCACAACCCCUGGAACUGCAACUGUGACAUCCUCUGGCUCAGUUGGUGGCUAAAGGAAAUGGUGCCGGCCAAUACCAGUUGCUGUGCACGCUGCGCGUCACCUACCAGCCACAAAGGGCGCUACAUCGGCGAACUCGACCAGAACUAUUUCCAUUGUUAUGCACCGGUGAUUGUGGAGCCACCAGUGGACCUGAACGUGACUGAGGGCAUGGCAGCAGAACUAAAAUGUAGAGCGAAUUCUUUGACCUCAGUCAGCUGGAUCACGCCCAAUGGGUCCCUCAUGACGCACGGGGCCUACAAGAUACGCAUUUCCGUGCUCAAUGAUGGGACUUUAAACUUUACCAACGUCACAAUGCAGGACACGGGAAUGUACACUUGUAUGGUGAGCAACUCUGCAGGCAACACGACAGCCUCGGCUACACUCAACGUGUCCUUGACAGAGAACAGCAGCUUCAGUUACUUCACUACAGUUACUGUGGAGACCACAGAAGCGACACAUGAUGAGGGCCACCCUACGGUACAGCAGAAGGGUGGCCCUACUCCUUCUUCUGGAAUUUGGGAGACCUUACCACCUUCCUUCACCACCACCACCACCACAACCACAACAACAGCACGGACACAACUGUCCACCAAGGCCACCGACAAGACCUAUACCAUCCCUGUCACAGCCCUGAUUGACGGCUCCCUUAACACCUUGGAUGAGGUCAUGAAGACCACAAAGAUCAUUAUAGGUUGCUUUGUGGCCAUCACCCUGAUGGCGGCCGUCAUGCUGAUCAUAUUUUAUAAAAUGCGCAAACAGCAUCACCAGCAGAACCACCACGCACCGACGCGAACCAUCGAGAUUAUCAACGUGGACGAGGAUUGUGUAACGGGUGGACCUACCAUGGAGGGCCACCUCACCCUCCCCCCACUGGAGCAUGAGCACGUGAAUCACUACAACGCCUACAAGACUGCGUACAACCAUGCCUCCACCAUCAAUUCUAUACACAGCUCUGUCCACGAACCUUUACUAAUUCGGGCCAGCUCAAAAGACAAUGUACAAGAAACCCAGAUCUGAACUGCUUUUCAUAAUGGGGAUUAAACAAAGAAAAAAAAAAGACUUCUAAAACUCUUAAGGAACAGUAAGUGACAUAUCGAUUUUGAAGAUUGUCGAAAACAAAGACACAGUAGCCCGAUGCAAGACGUAUAAGAAGGAU